AUCUCUCUUCGCUUCUGGUCCUUUCGAAUAAUCACUUUCAUUUCUUAAAUCUAUCAGCUAUCUUUAGUCCUGGUUUUCAGACAAAGCUUGCAUUGCCUUCUUUCAUUUCCGCUUCUGAUACUGUACUUUUGUUUUUUUUGUUUUUUUUUUUCAUUUUCAUCAUUUUCACUUCUUGAAUCGAUUUCAUCUCUUGAGAGUGGUUUCUUAAGUUUUCCGAUUCUCCUUUUUUUUCCCCUAUUUAUUUUAAACUUCGAUUCAUCUUCCACAGUUUUUGUUUUUAUACUCUACUCAUCUGGCUUCAUUUUCGCUUAAAUCUGAAUACUUUACCUCAUUGUCUAACAUUUUCAGUUCUUCAGUAUUGCUUAGCUCGUUUCUUUGUAUCUCUCUUCGAUGGAAGAUUUAUUGAAGAUUCUUUUCGUUUUCACCUCGUUUUAGUCAAACUUUUGUUGUGGUUUUUUUUUUUUUUUUAAAAAUUAAUUUUUUGCUUUGUUCAUUUUUAUUCUUUUGAUGCAAGCAAGAGUUGGCAAGUUGGAGAACUCUUCAAUCUGUUUAACUGAUUUUUUUGGAAGCUCUGGUUUGAUUUUCUGAAGAAAGGUUUUGUUCGCUUUCGCAUCUCCUUGCUCUGUUUGAUUUUUAAAUAGUUUCUGAAUGGAGCCGUAUUAAUUCAAAACCACUUAAUUACUCUUCGGAGGAGCGGUUGCCUAUCCUCAUUCACCCUUUCUUUUUGUUGGAUUUCUCCAUAUUAACGGGGUGUUAAUUGAUCCAAAUGACAGUUGAUACACCGUCAGUUAUGUCUGAAAGCGUCAGAGCAAGUCGUUCUUCUUUGAUCUCUAGCAAUGGCAAUGGAACCCCUUUCCACAGCUCGGCUCGCUUCUCUAAUGGGGAUGGGUAUGAUAGUGAUGGUUCUAAUUUUGCACCCUCCACACCAAUGUCUCUGCCAGUGACCUUUCCAGCAGAACUUGCAAGUGCUAUACCAUUGAUGGAUAAAUUUCAGGUAGAAGGAUUCUUGAGGUUCAUGCAGAAGCAGAUCCAAUCUUCUGGAAAACGUGGGUUUUUUUCUAAAAGAUCUAUAGGCCCUCAUAUUAGGGAAAAAUUUACAUUUGAGGAUAUGCUUUGCUUUCAAAAGGACCCCAUUCCAACUUCUUUGCUCAGAAUUAACAAUGACCUUGUAAGCCGGGCUAUAAAAUUAUUCCAGAUAAUUUUGAAGUACAUGGGAGUUGAUUUAUCAGAUAGGGUAUCUCCUGUAAGCUUAGAGGAGCGGGUUGAGCUUGUUGGUAAACUGUAUAAGCAAACUUUGAAGCGUUCAGAACUUCGAGAUGAGCUUUUUGUACAAAUAUCAAAGCAAACACGCAAUAAUCCUGAUAGGCAAUCCUUGAUUAAUGCAUGGGAGUUAAUGUAUUUGUGUGCAUCUUCGAUGCCUCCUAACAAAGACAUUGGGGGAUAUUUAUCAGAGUAUGUCCAUUAUGUUGCUCAUGGGGUGAAUACAGAUUCUGAAGUCCAACUAUUUGCAUUGAAUACAUUAAAUGCUUUGAAGCGUUCUGUCAAGGCUGGUCCUAGGCAUACCAUUCCUGGGCGAGAGGAGAUUGAAGCCCUUUUGACCGGAAAAAGACUUACGACCAUAGUGUUUUUCUUGGAUGAAACCUUUGAAGAAAUUACUUAUGACAUGACAACAACUGUUGCUGAUGCUGUUGAGGAACUUGCAGGGAUUAUCAAACUUACGACAUAUUCUAGUUUUAGCCUAUUUGAGUGCCGUAAAGUUGUUACUGGCUCUAAAUCACCUGAUCCUGGAACUGAAGAAUAUAUUGGAUUAGAUGAUAAUAAAUACAUUGGAGAUUUGCUGGCGGAAUUCAAGGCAGCUAAAGAUCGCAGUAAAGGAGAGAUCUUGCAUUGCAAACUUUCAUUAAAAAAAAAGUUGUUUCGAGAAUCAGAUGAGGCUGUGACAGACCCGAUGUUUGUGCAGUUGUCCUAUGUGCAGUUGCAACAUGAUUAUAUUUUGGGAAAUUAUCCUGUUGGAAGAGAUGAUGCUGCACAACUUUCUGCGCUGCAAAUUUUAGUUGAGAUAGGAUUCAUCAGGAACCCUGAAUUAUGCACUGACCGGACAUCACUGCUUGAGAGAUUCUUACCCAGACAAAUUGUAAUUACACGUGCAAAACGGGAGUGGGAGCUAGAUAUUCUUUCACGUUACCAUUUGAUGGAGCAUUUGUCAAAAGAUGAUGCAAGGCAACAAUUCCUUCGGAUCUUGAGAACACUUCCUUAUGGAAACUCAGUGUUUUUUGGUGUUCGCAAGAUUGAUGACCCCAUUGGGCUUCUGCCUGGUCGGAUAAUUUUGGGCAUCAACAAGCGUGGGGUCCAUUUUUUCCGUCCUGUUCCAAAAGAAUAUUUACAUUCUGCUGAGUUGAGAGAUAUAAUGCAAUUUGGUAGUAGCAAUACUGCUGUCUUUUUUAAGAUGAGAGUAGCAGGUGUCCUCCACAUAUUUCAGUUUGAAACUAAGCAGGGAGAAGAAAUUUGUGUUGCCCUUCAAACACAUAUAAAUGAUGUAAUGCUGCGGAGAUACUCCAAAGCACGCUCUGCUGCAAGUGGCUCUGUUAAUGGUGAUCUUUCACGGAAUGUUAAGCCCCCAAAUCUUGAUGUUUAUGAUAAACGUGUGGAGGAGCUGUCUAAAGCAAUUGAAGAAUCCCGGAAGAAUGCUGAUCAAUUAGCAGAAGAAUUACAUGAAAAAGAAAGGCAAGAAAUUAAAUUACGGGAGGAGUUGGAGCUGUUGAAGGAUUCCAUUAGAUCUGAAAAGCAAAGCUUAGCAGAAAUUAUAUGCGAUCGUGAUAGACUGAUAUCACUAUGCGAUGAAAAAGACUCUGCACUUCAGGAUGCACUGUUGGAGAAGAAGCGCUUGGAAGCUAGAUUGACAAAGCUAGGAAAUCAAGGGUAUUCCUCCCUAGGGAGCAAUGCCAGUAAGGAUUUAGUUGGAUCUAAUAUUGCGGAUAUAAAUAAGCUUCAGGAGGAGUUGAAAAUGCGCAAUGAGGAGGUGCGUUCUGCUGGAGAAACUGUUAAGAGGCUUGCAAAUGAAAAACUAUUGUUGGAACAGAAGAUUCAAAGUGUUGAAAAGAAGAAAGGGGAGGAGAUGGAAAUUCUUGAGAAAAAAUUUGAACAAGAACGUAGGUCUCUUAGGUUGCAUGUUUCUGAACUAGAGAAGAAGCUGGAAGGUAUAACUCGAGAUUUGGCUGUUGCGGAAUCUACUAUCAUGAGCAGGAACAUGGAGUUGGAUGCAUUGCAAAGUAAUUUGAAGGAAUUAGAGGAACUACGAGAAAUGAAAGAGGACAUUGAUAGAAAGAAUGAGCAAACUGCUGCUAUUUUGAAGAAGCAAGGGGCUCAGUUGGUUGAGUUGGAAACACUUUACAAGGAAGAACAAAUGUUGAGGAAGCGAUAUUUCAAUUCAAUUGAAGAUAUGAAAGGAAAGAUCAGAGUAUUUUGCCGAUUAAGGCCUCUUAGUGAGAAAGAGAUGUUAGAAAAAGAAAGGAGUGUUCUUACAAGCAUUGAUGAGUUUACAGUUGAACAUCCUUGGAAGGAUGAUAAGAUGAAACAACACCUUUAUGACCAUGUUUUUGAUGGCAGUUCUUCCCAGGAAGAUGUAUUUGAGGACACUAGGUAUUUAGUGCAAUCUGCCAUUGAUGGGUAUAAUGUUUGCAUAUUUGCUUAUGGUCAAACUGGUUCCGGAAAAACAUUUACAAUUUAUGGGUCUGAAAGCAAUCCCGGAUUGACACCAAGAGCUAUUGCUGAACUCUUCAAAAUUUUGAAGCGCGACAAAAACAAAUUUUCUUUCUCCUUGAAGGCCUAUAUGGUGGAGCUAUAUCAGGAUACACUUGUAGAUCUUUUAUUACCGAAGAAUGCAAAGCGUCUAAAAUUAGAUAUAAAAAAAGAUUCAAAGGGAAUGGUUUCUAUAGAGAAUGUGACAGUUGUUUCAGUUUCAACUUAUGAGGAAUUAAGAACUAUUAUUUUGAGAGGGUCUGAGCAACGACAUACGUCCGGGACUCAAAUGAACGAUGAAAGUUCAAGGUCUCAUUUGAUCCUUUCAAUCAUUAUUGAAAGCACUGAUCUUCAAACUCAGUCUGUCGCAAGAGGGAAGUUGAGCUUUGUAGAUCUUGCUGGUUCAGAGAGAGUUAAGAAGUCAGGUUCUUCUGGGAGUCAACUGAAAGAAGCUCAGAGUAUCAAUAAAUCACUUUCAGCCCUUGGGGAUGUGAUCAGUGCUUUAUCUUCUGAUGGUCAGCAUAUACCAUAUAGAAACCAUAAACUAACGAUGCUCAUGAGUGACUCGCUUGGUGGAAAUGCUAAGACUCUUAUGUUCGUAAAUGUAUCUCCAGCUGAAUCAAACUUGGAAGAAACCCAUAAUUCUCUGAUGUAUGCUUCAAGAGUCAGGUCAAUUGUCAAUGACCCAAGCAAAAAUGUUUCAUCAAAGGAAGUUGCACGUUUGAAGAAGCUACUGGCUUAUUGGAAGGAACAAGCAGGCAAGAGGAGUGAUGAUGAAGAUUUAGAAGAAAUACAGGAUGAACGCCCUGCAAAGGAAGGGGUACAUAGCCGCUGUUCCAUGUAAAUUACCGUCAUUAAUACGUGGUUCAUUUUUCUGUAUUGGUUAAAUGUGGUUAGCCAGCAGCAUGGGAAAGGUUCUCCAAUAUACAGUUUAUUGACAGUUUCUUAAUGUCAUUAAUUGGUAUGAGAACCUUCUCAACACAUCGCUGAGGGUUGAGAUUUCACGUUGAUUUCAUAAAAUCAAUAUCAAAAGCUGUAAAGUUUGAAGCAGUAUAUAUUUGCUUAGCCCUGUAUUUUAAUAGAUCUCAAAUGAAAAAUCCAUACUUCUCUCGUUUGUAUUUCUGUUUUUUUCUUAAUUGUAAAUAGUAAAAUUUUGGGCUCCUCUUUCCCAUUUCA